CAUGGAUGAAUCUUUCUCCCUCUCUCAGUGAGCGGUUUGUGCCUAUAAAAGCCAGACUCUGUCGAACUUGAAGCAUUAGUUCAUCUUGUCACCUCCAAGCCAGCAGCAACCCAAACACACAAAAUGCGCGUCUUCAUUCUUCUGUGCCUCUUGGCUGCCAGCUGCAGUGGCGAUAAGCUGGGCUACAACUACCAGCCCGUGGCCCAUGCCGAUGAGGGACUCUCCUUCCUGCCAGGCAGCGGACACAUUCCCAUCGAGCUGCAGCAGCAGCACCUGCAGCAGGUGCAGAGUGGCGAGGCGGUGCUCUCGCAGCCCAUUGAAGCACCCAUCCAGCAGGCCAUCAUUCCCCAGCCUGCGCCUCUGAUCGAGGAGUUCCAGAAGGAGUUCUACAGCUACGCAGCGCCCGAGGAGCAGUUCGAUGAGGGUGUCAACAACCAGCAGAUCGCCAACUCGCUGAAGAAGAACCUGCGCGUCGUCUUCAUCCGCACACCCGAGAACCAGGGCUUCGAGCGUGCCGCCCUGCAGCUGGCCAAGCAGUCCGCCCAGCAGGAGACCGCCAUCUAUGUGCUGUCCAAGCAGGCCGACGUGGCCAACUUGGCCAAGCAGCUGAAUGCCCUCAAGUCCACGUCCAGCAACAAGCCCGAGGUGCACUUCGUCAAGUACCGCACGCCCGAGGAUGCGGCCAAUGCCCAGCUGGCCAUCCAGAACCAGUACAACCAGCUGCCCGGCGUCUCCCGCAUCUCCAACGAGGGUCGUGCUCCAGUAUUAAACUUUGCCUCGCCAGCCGCCCAGUCGGCACCCGCCAGCGUGUCGCACUCCCCCAGCUCCGAGUACCUGCCCGCCAAUGUGGUGUCUUCCCAGGACUAUCUGCCACCCACUCUGCGUCGCUUCCGCAUCAAGUGAGCAGCGUAUUCGUGCCACCCCAACACGGUAACGUUUCCUAAGCGAUCACAUUGAAUAUUACCCUUCCCCUCCAUUAUAUUAGCUUUUAAGUAAACCCU